UUAAACUCUCUCCAUAAAUAUGCUGUUUUUACUUGUAGUGCUCUGUUUUGAGACAUGUUCUGCAUCGGUGAAGAGUGACAACCGUUUCAGGGAUGCUGUGUUCAUACCACACAAAGGGAUGGCUCUAAUGAAUCACGUGAUAUCCUCACACCACGUGACGUCACCAAUUGAUUGCAGCUUCUUCUGUUCAUCACAUGACAAGUGUAAAUCCUACAAUUACAAACCGAGAGGGGCUGGUGACAGCGACAUCUGUCAAUUGAAUAACGCUACAAGACGAACCAACUCAGCAUCGUAUAAACCUGAUGCUGGCUUCGUUCAUUAUUUCGACCAAUCAGAGUCUUUUAAGUCUUGCCUCGACCACUUUCGUAACGGAGCCAAAGAGAAUGGUAUUUACACCAUCACAGACAUCAGCGGAGAUUCCUACCCAGUCUUCUGUGAUCUCACCUCAGAGCCUCGCUUUGCGUGGACCCUGAUCCUAUCCCAAGCUUUCAGGAACCGAAAUCUAGCGGCGUUUUGCUCUAAGCCUCUUCCACAAAACUAUCCACUUAAUGCAGAUAGCCCAAACUGGGAAGCCUACCGACUCUCGCUUGGUCGAAUGCAACGUUUAUCGCAACAAUCUACUCAUGUCAGAGUCACCACAAGUUUUCCUGAGUACAACGUGGAAUUCCGAGAUUACUUUCGAACAAAAUUGUCACACUUUGAUAUUUUAAGCUUUUAUGGUAGCAAAUCUUGCUUCUUCAUGGAAAUCAUUGAUGUCCGAAAUCAUAAGGGCUUUAAUGUCACGGUCGGAUUUUGGCAACUUGAAGCGGAAUUUCUCCAUACCGAUACAGAACACAAAACCUGCCAGUUUGAUGCCUCGCGAGGUUCACUUGGGAGCGAGAAUAACUUUGGCUCUUAUUGUCAAGCAAACUGUGUUAAUCCAGUUUUUCGCGGAUGUGAGAAAGAUGACAGCACAACAAACUAUUGGUUUGGGGGCUACAUGUGAGCAGAAAAGAACGAAUUCUCAGUUCUUUAUUUUAUGAUUCUUUACAGUCAAAAGACAUGAAGC